AUGAACGAAGAAAAGAAGGCCGAACUUCGGGCCAAAAACGAGCAGGCCUUGAAGGGGAAGAGGCCCGAUGCUUCAUUCUUCAAAUCAUUAGAUUCUUCAAUUAAAAAGAAUAGUGCAUUUGUGAAGAAGGUAAAAACUCUCUCUGAAUUACAGCCGGAUCAAAAAGGGUCUUUAUUGCCAGAUAUUCAAAAACUUAAUCUUCGUCGAUUCAUCAGCGAAAUUGUACAAGGAUUUUGUGAAAUGCCACUAAAGCUUGAAGACGUUGACCAUGUUGUGGACAUUGCUUCUGCUCUUCAUCAAUUAUAUGCAGAGUUCUCGGAAUCAUUUAUUUCUUCAAUUGUUAAAUCAUGUGCUAGUCAAAAUAAGGAUACAGACAAGAAGGAAUUGAAUGUUGCAAGACUUUCUGUAGUAUUGAUGAUUGUAACUAAAUUAUUUGUUACUAGGAUGCAUGAUAAUUUUUCUACCAUCAACAACGUUUUAAAGGGUCUGAUUCAAUUGCACAAAAAAACAUCACAAACUGGAAUUUUAAUGCCUUUCCUUACCGAGUUUCAACACGACUUUUUGAUUGGAAAACCCUAUGACUCCUCAAAAUGCGACAUUACGGAACAGGAACACAAACAAAUUAAUGAGUUAUUUAUGCAAUUCUUCGAAUCUCUUUGUGAUCGCUUAAGGUCAAAACAAAAAGAAAUUGGUGACGAAGACGCAUCGGGAGAGAAAAAGCCCUCUUUGGACGAUAACACCGAAAAUUUAGAUAAGGAAAAGAAAAAGCUCAAACAGUGGAAAAAGCAUUAUGACGUUGCAAAAGAAGUUGCUGAUAUCUUGAACACUAAAAUACCGGAUGACAUUGAAGAGGCGUUGCAAAAGGUUGAAGACAUGACUGCUAAGAACGAGCAACUCGAAAAGAAAGAUGUUUCCACAGAGACUAUUGAUCAAUUUGUAAACGAAAGAACUCGUCAAUUUUACGAAAUAAUUCCAGAUCUAAACCAAUUAAUACAAGAAAAGAAUGAGUUGGAAAAUAUUGUCUCUGUUGAAGAUUUACUUGAUAAGCUUCCAAAAAGGCCUCCAAUUGACAAGGUUGCAACCACAUUGGCCAUAAGAUAUAUGGGUCAGAAGGCAAACAGAACAAAGUUAGUUAAAAAGAUGUUUAGUGUCAACAGAACAAGUUUAGAGUUAUUACCAUAUUAUGGUAGACUUGUAGCUAUUUUGAACCCGACUUACAAAGAUAUUGGCAAGUCAUUGGUGCAGCUAUUAGAAGAAGAGUUUAACAAAUUAUUUGAGGAACAAGAUCAAAUCAAGAUUGAGACCAAAGUUAAAAAUAUUAGAUUCUUAGGAGAAUUAAUUUUAUUCAAAAUUUGCCCUGAGGAGACAGGUAUUGAGUUUUUAAAGAAAUGCCUUUCACAGUUCCAUCACCAUAAUAUCGAUGUUGCAUGCCAUUUCUUGGAAGUAUGUGGAAGAUAUCUCUAUGCCAAGCCUACAACUCAUCUCACUAUGGUUGAAUUGGUUUCAAAAAUGAUGAGAAUCAAAGACGUAAAGGUCUUAGAUGUCAAGUAUAACACCAUGAUUGACAAUGCAUAUUACAAUACUGUCAUUAAUGAACAAGAAGCUGAAAAGCCAAGAACAGUUUUUGGUGAAGAUGACGAGCUUACACAAUAUGUAUUACAUCUGCUCUUGUCAGAAUUGAACAAGUACAACAUCAAUACUGUUUUGAAACAGUUAAGAAAAUUGCCUUAUGACAAUUUUGAAGUCAUCAAGAACAUUGUUAAGAGUUUACUCUCCCAUAUAAGAGAGUGUGCUUAUGGAACUAUUCACUUGAUGGCCAGUGUGCUGGGAGGGCUUUCAAGAUAUCAUGAAGAAAUUGGAGUUGUAAUUAUUGAUUGUCUCAUUGAGCAAAUUAGACACUCAUUGCAGCAGGAAUAUUUGGAUCAUAUCGAAUUGGGAAUCAAUCAAAAUGCAGAAUACUUUCCAUCUAGAAUGAAAUCAGAACAAAAGAGACUUAUUGACAUCAAAUUCCUGGGAGAGUUUUAUAACUAUCAACUCAUUGAUAUCAAUGUAAUUAUGGAUAUUUUGUACAUGCUAAUUCUUUAUCCAACUCCUCUCGAACCAGCAAAACAAGACACCUUUAGAUUGAGACUGAUUUGUACAUUGUUAGACACGUGUGGGCCAUACCUAGAAACCGCUGCUGACAGAAAAAAAGUUGAUCGUUUCCUCUUGUAUUUACAAAGAUAUGUCCUCAGUAAGCAAUAUAGAUUACCAGUGGACUUGGAAAAUAUGUUGGCCGAUACUCUCGACAAUGUGAAACCAAAGCUCAAGUGGCCAAAGAGUCUGAAAGAAGUCAAUGAAAAAAUAGAAGCCAUCGAGCAAAAGAAGCCAAUUCCACUUCCAGGUCAAGGAACCUCCAAUGACACUCUUGCUCUAUGGCCCAUUAGCGACAAUGAUCAGCCAGGAGAGCUAGGAGAAGAUGAAGAGGUACAACUUGAGGAAACAGACUUACCUUCUACCAAUGGAAAGAAAUCAGGAGAAGCAAACAACAAAGAAGCUGAAGAACUAGAUCAUGAACUAAUGGAAUUGAUCAGCGAGAGCAUUAAGGAAAGAAAAUUCAUUACUAACAACAAUGUCAUGAAACUCGGUACCAACAUUUCAAAACCUCAAGAAAUGCUAAAACAAUCCACGAACACUUCAUCCAAGGAUUUGCCUCAAACUCAAAAAAUUACGCUGCUCUCUAAACAAGGACGAAGUAACAAGACCCACGAACUAUUCGUUGGUAAUUUGGCAAAGAUAUUGAAGAAAGACCAAAUUUCUCAGCCAUCUUCAUCCUCCAAUGAGUAG